AUGGGUCGUUUUAUCGGCAAGACAAAGAAGAUUGAUAUGGCAUAUACUAGAGAAUAUGUUGUGGUUCGAGCACUUGUUAAAGUGGUUGACAUUGCAAGUAUCCCUUAUAAGAAAUUGAUUUUCCAUGAAGAUGAGGGAUAUUAUCUCACCUUUGAGAUUGAGGAAGAGGUGGACAUGGUCGAGGAUGAUGAUCCUACAAAUGGAGAUGAAGAUUCUAAUUCUAAAGAAAAGGAGCAUGAGAAGAGAAAGGACCCUAAGGGAGAUAAUUCAAAGAAUGGCAAUUCAUCCAGAGAGCCACAGGCAAAAAAUGACUUUCCUAUGACUGGGGGCAAUGGAGUAUCUGAUGUCAAUAAGGGUGCGCAUACAGCUGCUCUUCAGACAUUGCCUGAUCUUGCACAAUGCAGUGUUGUGGAGGCGGGUUUGGAGAAGAUCACCGGAUCUACACCGACCCCUGUUUCGAGCCGAAGACUUUAUAUCUCUCCCUCGACGAAACAGAAUGGUUGUGCUCUGGUUGUUGAUGACGGAGAUGGGGUUGGCCUGCCUAGGACGCUAGGUUCUGAUAUACUCCAGUCUACCGCGAUCACUGAUGGUAUUUCUACUCGCAUAUCUUCCCCUGCCGAGCCAGGGAAGUCGCGUGUCAUGACAGCGUCUGCUGCCGUGGCAGACCUGCCUGCUUUCUCUGUCGUGGCAGAGCUUUCAGGUGCGGAAAUGUCUGGCCCGAAUUUCUGUUCUACUGAGUUGGUGAAGGCCCGUGUGGAGAUGGAAAAAGUUUCAUCUACUUCACCCACGCCUCAGAGCUCGGCGUUUGGAACUCGAUCAAGUGAUCACUUAGGUGCGCAAUCUAAUGCGGAUCAGCCGCAGUUGGAGAGGGCCAUGCACCUUGCGCAGAAAUGUCAAGUUCCAGCCAUGGGAGGAAAAGAAGUUGCAUGUUUAAAACAAGGGGAAGAUACUAGCAGGGCCCACAUGAAUCAUCAAGUUAAUAAGACAAUUCUCGCUGAAGGCGGAGAUGUAUAUGAUUGCAUUGGUGUGGAUGUGCAACCAGCAUUUAACCACCCAUUACUGAGAGACCACAAAAUUCAGAUGGAACCAAGUUCUCUCCCACUGAGUACAUAUGUAGAAUCUCCAUCGACGCAUUCCAUGCCACAAGCACAAUUGCCUAUCAUUGACUGCCCGACAGGAACAAUUCCAAUAUUGCGUAACAAUAGAAUGGACCACAUGGCGGCGAAAACUAUUGACGCAGUGAUAGGCAAGGACCUUCAAGAAGAUGGUGCAGGAAUCGAAUAUAAGGAUGAGCUAUAUGGAACACGGGCAAAAAUAAAUGUUUAUGCUCCAAAAGUGAAGACGAAUAGUAAGGAUUUCAGUGCAUCAAGCAUACAAAUGAAUGGGGGGCCAAAACCGGGCCUUCGAGAUGCGAUAGGUGCCGGUUCUUUGGUAUAUCCAAGAUAUAGUGGUGACAGCUUUGCUAGAUUUCAUGUUUUCUGGGAUUAUGGUGUACCAACAAAUAGUUGCCUCAAUCAUGAUUGCCCUGGUUUCGUGCAAGUUAGCCGAAGUGUUGUCCUCGGAGGAAGAAUAAACCCAAUAUCUUCCUAUAAUGGACCGCAGUAUGUAAUAGAUGUUCUUAUAUUUAAGGAUCCAAAGACUAAAAACUGGUGGGUAUCUUAUGGCGAAAAAAAUACACCAAUUGGAUAUUGGCCAAGCUCAAUUUUCCAAUACAUGAAGGACACGUGUGAUUUCGCAUUUUGGGGUGGAUAUGUUCAAGGUCCAACAGCAUCGACAAACUCUCCACAAAUUGGCAGCAGUCAUUUUGCUUCAGAAGGCUUUGGAAAAGCAUCUUUUCUGAAAAAUAUCCAAAUUGUAGAUAAGAACAAUAAUCUUGUUACUCCAAAUGUUCAUAGAGCCUAUCCAGGCAGUACCAAUUCUUCCAAAUAUACUUCAUCUAAUUAUGAUGUCAAUAACUAUGGUAUCCAUGUGUACUAUGGUGGACCCGGUGAUUUAGUGUGA